AUGCGGAUACCCAGCGCUUCACCUUGUGGGCCAGUUGUAAACUUCGAAACGCAUUGCUCAGACUUCUUCCACCCUAGUGUCUUAGCCUACGUUCUGCGCAAUCGCGCAGCCCACCUCGCCAGGCAUGGUCGCCGCACCGGAACUUUGGCACCCGGAGUACGCGAUGAGCUAUGGCAAAUAGGAGCGGCUGCGACAAGCGUUAGCGCCAAUAUUGAACCACAGACUGCAGCAACGUUGCUGCUGUCUUUCUCCAAACUUGGUCAAUCUAUUCCCUAUGCUGUCAAAGCUCUAACAGCAUCAUUUAACUUUGAGCGUGCAAGACCGAAAGCUAUCGCACUUACACUGAACGCUUUCUCUCGGCAGCCUCGGGUUCUGAGUCAUGUAGAUUCGCACUUUUGGGAUAGACUCUCUGAUGCUGUUGAACGAACUGAAUCUCAAUUCACCCCUCAAGAUUCCGCGGCGUGCGCACUUUCGAUAACGGGGAUUCUUGCAGCGAAUCGGGGUAAGCACGCAUUAGGGGACGCUGUGCCGUUAGACGACUCGACGGCCCGAAAGCUUAGGAAUGUCUAUUCCACUGUGCUGCAAUAUCUGGAACGGAUGCUAAACGAGCUUGACUCACAUUCAUUCAAGACAAGGGAUCUAUCGUGUAGUUUACAGGCCGUGUAUGCGUCAAGGAUAGAAGCUCCCACACUUAUUAUAGCUAUUCUUAAUAAGCUAAAGGAAGUCAUCCCAACGUCUCUACAUGGCAUUGACGACGUACUGUUUACUCUCGAUCUCCUGCCGCCUCCAUGCCUAAUCGGUGACACCGUCGAGCAACGUCGGAUCAAGAGGGACGUUGCACGUGCUGAAAAAGCGUUUGUUGAAUGGGCAUUCGAUUAUCUCGAGGAGCAUCUCGAUUGUCUUAGAGAUCGAGAAUUAGGUAGAAUUGCAGCGGCUUGUAAUCGUCUACGUUCGUGGUCUAGUGACAAUUUUGCGAUAAAAUUCGCACAAACUUGGGAGGCACUGCUUAGUGCAUCUGAAGAGAUACCUCCGAAUUCCUUAAGCCAGGGAGCAUGUUACUUUUUGCGUCGCUAUGAGGCCUCGGUAUCCCGGGAGCUCGCAGCUCGGGACGAGGCAAAACAGCUCAGCAUUUCUCGCGUAUCGGAUGUAUGUGCACGCAUUGGAGAGAUGCUACAUGAAUAUGCGAGAACUCACUACAGCAAAGAUGAUCUGCUUCGCGUGGAGGAGGUAAUGGAUAUCGCCGAGCAAUGCCGGGCUAAACGCACAGGCAAACAACAUCCUCGCCCGUUAUAG